ACUCUCUUUCUCCUUGAUAUAUCAUAAUUCUAUAUUCACAACUACAUGCACAUUGCACAUUGGUAAUUAAUGUCUACUAAUGCUAGUAGUACUUAUGCUACUUUGUCCCACAAUAAGUCCAAAGAAGAGAGCGAUGAAGACUUGUUUACAGUUCCAGACAUGGAGUUGGAAGCUCUUCAACCUCCCUCCAACUCCAACAAUACGCCGCCGCCGCCGCCGCCGCAAAAGAUGGGAUAUCCCGAAAAACGGCGCAGAGGGCGUAACCCCGUUGACAAGGAACAUAAAAGACUCAAGAGAUUGCUCAGGAAUAGGGUCUCGGCCCAAGAAGCCCGAGAAAGAAAAAAGGUUUACGCGGGCGAUCUAGAAUUAAGAGCUAAACAACUGCAAGAAAUCAACUCAAAACUCGAAGAAAACAUCUCCACUUUGAACAACGAAAACUCCAUGCUUCGUAAGCUUCUCAUGAACACUAGGCCUAAAGUUGGUCAGAGCAUUGAGCCAAAGAACGAUGUCCUAAGCGAGCACUAACUGAUCUAUGUGCGAUGUUUUUUUUUUUUUU